UUUUUUUUUUUUCCUCGUCUUCUCCUCUUCCUUAGAUUAGCUUGCCUUUCAUGUUUGAACGACUCAAGUUUAAAAAAAAAACAGACCCAGUUCAGCCUGGGCCAAAAGCUGAAGCAAGUCCAACACUAGAAUCGGUCUCUUCUCUUCCACCACCUUCCUCUACUUCUUCAGACGCACUGGGUCGUAGUGACAGCAAUGGUAGCAAUGGCAGCGAUGGUUCCUCCGCACGACAUACUUCGCUCCACUUGAAAGCCAGCCUCACCAGUCUUAAUAAUAAUUCAACCAACAGUCGCUACAGCACACCAAACACACACUAUAGUCUCUAUGAUAGUCCUAUGCUGAGUAAUGUCAAUUCAAAUACUACUACAGAGAUUAACUAUAAAGUCCCAUUAGAGGAUACACCCGAGAAAAUCAAAGUGCCAAUCUCUAUAUCCAAUGAAGGUAUAGUAGACAGAGUACGGAGCAACACUUUUGGCGCCUACGGAAGUCAUAAUUCCUUCAUCAACAGUGUCAACAACGCCAAUAGCAACAUCACCCUUCCUCACAACGUUGGCAAUAAUGGCCUUGGUGUCGGUAACAACAGUAUUAAUAAUACCAACAAUAAUGCGACCAUGGCCUCUUCAACUUCCGCACCUUCUAUGACAGGGAGCGAAGGGAUAGGAGAUGACAACACAUGCAGCAGCUGGCGGAGCAGUUCCCAGGGUCCAAAGAUCAAUGCAGCUACUAAGCCUGUCGUUGGAGCCUUUUCUGUUGCCACCGGCUCAAGCAUCAUCCCUCCUGACCUCAGUGAGCGCUCUAUCGUGCCUAUCGCUUCUUCCAACUCGUCAGCAACUCCCUCUCGUAGCUCUAGUACGUCAAACCGAGGUGAUGGUGUUGGGGCGACUGGUGUAUCAUCAGCAGAGUCAUUUACCCCUGUCUCAGCCACGCCACCGAUGACCCCACGCCUAGUUCAUAAUGCCACUGUGCCCCAUGACACACACACACAGCCGCAACCGCAUAUUUUCGACCAUCAAUCUCAGCAGCAUACCAUAACCCCAUCAUCAAAUAUUUUGCCUACAGUAGCGGCGUCAGCGCCGGUUGGGGGCCAGUAUCAGCAGCAGCAGCCUCCUGUCAUCCGUGAGACAAUGCCAUCAUCACUACAGGCUUUAGAGGGCGAGGAGGAUACGAUAUUAUCGACAAUGGGGUUAGUAAGUUCGCCGAUUAGCCUUCAGCCUCCUACCAAUCUGUUGUCGUCUCUUCAGCCCUCAAGUCAGCAGCAUGGACAACAACGCCAAAAACACUCACCUUAUUCCCAAGACGUGUUUCAACAUUUGUACAUACCAGCUAUUAGCAGUAGUGAAGGCGUAUCCAGUAUAAUUACAGCAAUGUCAGAGGCUACAACGGAAGAUGAUCUACAACAAUCUAAUUCUGCAACAGAUCACCAUCAUGUGGCUGUCCGGGAUAACACCCUGUUACAGCAGCAGGAGUAUCAGCGACAGCAACUGGCGCAGUUUCAGGAAGACUUGAACAGAAUCAAUAGCUCAACCUCUUCGGAUGGUUUUCUACAGGAUAUUACUAACAAUGUUCUACAACAUCAGUCACAACCACAGCCGCAUCCACAGAUACACCAGCAGAACCCAUCCUCCCCGCUGCCUUCCUCCUAUUCGGGAAAAAUUCCUUUAGUAACUACGUCCUUUUCUUCUAACACAAGCUCUUCUGCGGAGUCUUCAUCACUAGCUUCAGUUCCAGCCUCAGUUCCAACUGUGAUUAAUUCUGCAGCCACACAGACUUCUUUAAUACAACAAGACGACGAUGAUCUGCUCCAGCAGCGUCUCCGCGAUCGCUUGUUAUCUGCGGAGGAAAAUCAAAAUCUCUCUAUCAUGUCGCCAGGAUACCAGCAGCAGCGAAAAGCUCUGGAUUCGUUUGUUCGCCAUGGAGGUAUUUCGACAUCUGAGAAUGGUACAAUUGUUACAGAUGGGGCUCAGGCACAUGUGCAAAUGCAGGUACAAAACCAUGACCAUGGUCAAGUUGGAUUUAGUGCUGGUAGUCUAGUCGGUGGUGAUGGAUCAAGUUUCUUUCCACAGCCAGUGACAAGAUCUAGUACUGCAAUGACAACAUCACAUUUGAUUACACAUGAUGUUCGUCAGAUAACAGGCGAAUCGCAUAUUAUCGAAGGAUCCGGGCCCGUCGUAUUAAUAGCGAUAGGAAAGACAGGCCAGGGAAAAUCAUCGUUAUUGAAUAAGAUCAUGGGCACUAGUGAACUGAAGGCUAGUGCUUCCGUACGAGCUGUGACCAAAGGUAUCGCGGAGCGCACAGGUUGGGGGCGGUUUGAGGACAGUAGGCGUGUCCUUGUGACCUUGGCAGAUACCCCAGGUAACGUAACAACCUUACCUUCAAUUUUAUAGAAAAAGUGCUAAGAAAUCCCUCUAAAUAAUUUAAAUUCUUAUAUUUUCUUCAUGGUUAAACAGGCUUGGCAGAUACGGAAGGAGAUGAUGAAAAGA